AGAGAAGGGAAACUGGAUGCAGAGGGACACAGUGCAGCUAGGACACUUCAGGGACGAGGGCACUUCUUGACUGGACACUCCUUUGCACCGGGCUUCACCCUAACUCUGCCCUGUCUCUCUGUUUUUCCCAUCGCCGCAUGGCUUCACUGUGAUCACCGCGUCUUCUGUCCGGAGUUCUGCACUGUUGAACAUGAGCCGAGGGACGAGGAGAAGAGAGGAGAGAGUCUUCCUGGCUCUCCUCAUCAUUUUACACACCGCCACAACGCAUGCGGAUAACCUGAUCGAUGUCCUGCGAGUGCUGGAGCUGUCCGAUCGCAUGGAGGGCGUGUCCUUGGAGGCGGGGCUGUGUACACAGAGAGCUGACCCAGAGGAAGUGGACAUGGCGUUCAGGAUAGAGAAAAAAAUCCAGCUUAGUGCUCCAACGCAGCAGCUCUUCCCAGACUCAACUUUUCCUGAAAACUUCUCCCUGAUGACGACGGUGCGGGCAAAAAAGAACGCGCAGGUUUUCUUGAUGUCCAUGUACGAUGAGCAGGGAGUGCAGCAGCUAGGCCUGGAGCUGGGCAGAUCACCCGUCUUCCUCUAUGAGGACCACAAGGGACAGCCGACUCCUGAUUUCUACCCCACUUUUAAGAAAAUCAACCUAGCUGACGGAAAGUGGCACCGUAUUGCCUACAGCAUAGAAGGAAAGACAGUCACCCUGUAUUUGGACUGUAAGAAGGUGGAUACUCUGGAUUUGCACCGUGGAGAUGAUCCUGUGGUCCGCACCGACGGCGUUACUGUGUUCGGGACGAGGCUACUGGACGAGGAAGUGUUUGAGGGAGAAAUCCAGCAACUGCUGAUUGUGGACGACCCACGGGCCGCAGGAGAGUACUGUCACCACUACAUCCCAGACUGUGACUUUCCUCUGCCCUAUCGCACCCAGAACUACGAACCCGAGGAGAUCAAACCCACCAGCCUUGACGACGUGAUGCAAGGCGACGAACAGGAGCCAGCCAAGACGAAAAAAGACAGGAAGGGCAAAAAGAAAGACGGUAAGAAGAAAAAGGACCGCUCGAAGAAAGGGAAAGGGAAAGGGAAAAAGAAAGACUCCAGGAAGAAGAGGAAAGAAACAGAAGCUCUCGAGGAGGGAUUUCUCGAGGUGGUCAAUCAUCAGCCCGAGUACCUCACACGUGAUAUAACCCCGACUGUAACAGAGCCCACGACGGCAACGCCGACUGCAAAUCUGACCACUGAGCUGAUCCCCGAGAUGCCCACGCACGAGCCGGACACACUGCCGGCGACGUCACCCGAAGACGACACUGUUUCACUCGGUGCCGUCACUGUAUCUACUCAGACUGAGGUGGAGGAGGAAAAACCAAUAAAAACGCCCGAGGUGGAGGAAGACACCGAGGACAUUUACGACAGUCCGCACCCUGACCUCUCUGUCUCCACGGUAACAGUGAGCCCCAACAUCAGCGAUUAUACGUUCUUUGAGUAUGAGGACUUUAGGAACAGCAGCGAGAGCUCGGAGCAGUAUGAAGAGUAUGAGACCUACGAGGAUCGUUACGGGCCAGCAGCGAGAGAGGGCGUGGGGACCUGGAACGGACAGGGAAGACACGGUUUGGAGAAAGGCCAGAAAGGAGAACCAGCCAUUAUCGAACCGGGCAUAAUAAUUGAGGGACCUAUCGGACCGCUAGGACCUGCUGGUCCUCCAGGCCAUCCAGGAGUAACAGGCCCCCCAGGACCUCCCGGAGACCCGGGUGAUCUGGGCCCUGAGGGACGUCCUGGCCUCCCAGGGGCUGAUGGGAUACCGGGUCCCCCAGGGACCAUGCUCAUGUUUCCGUUUCAUUAUGCCGGCGAUUCUCAGAAAGGCCCCGUGUUGUCGGCCCAGGAGGCGCAAGCUCACGCCAUCCUGCAGCAGACCAGAAUUUCACUGAAGGGACCCCCGGGCCCGAUGGGACUCACGGGCAGAGGAGGACCAAUGGGUCCCCCAGGCUCCAGCGGACUUAAAGGAGACAGCGGGGACGCUGGACCACCGGGGCCACGUGGGUUGCCAGGUUCACCAGGUCCUAGCGGGAAGCCAGGCAAACGGGGACGCUCGGGGGCAGAUGGAGGUCGAGGAGCUCCAGGAGAGACAGGCGCAAAGGGUGACAGGGGCUUUGAUGGACUACCAGGGCUUCCAGGGGACAAAGGACACAGAGGGGAUCGAGGAAAGCCAGGACAGCAUGGUCUACCUGGUGAAUCUGGUGAGAAGGGGGCAGAUGGACCUGUAGGACCAAGAGGACAACCAGGUGAACCUGGGCCCAGAGGACUUGUAGGACCCAGAGGACCAGUCGGACCACCUGGACAGCCUGGGAUACGUGGUGUGGAUGGUAUUCAAGGCUUAAAAGGCAACCCGGGUCUGUCAGGAGAGCCUGGUCCUCCAGGACAGCAAGGGAACCCAGGCGUACAGGGCUUUCCAGGUCCUCAGGGUCCUAUUGGCAUGCCUGGAGAAAAGGGACCGCCGGGGAAGAUGGGAAUGCAGGGGCUUCCUGGGAUUGACGGCCCUCCAGGGCAUCCAGGCAGAGAGGGACCAGCUGGAGAGAAGGGACUACCGGGCUCAGUCGGCGCACAGGGGCCCAUCGGAUACCCGGGGCCGCGAGGAGUCAAGGGCGCUGACGGCGUGCGAGGACUGAAAGGAAGCAAAGGAGAAAAGGGAGAAGAUGGCUUCCCAGGGACCAAGGGUGACAUGGGAACUGAGGGAGAUCGAGGCGACACUGGGCCUUCUGGACCACGUGGCGAGGAUGGACCAGAAGGACUUAAAGGACAGGUGGGCCCUCUUGGCGACCUCGGACCUCCAGGCAUCGCUGGAGAAAAGGGCAAACUCGGUGUCCCAGGGCUACCCGGCUAUCCAGGAAGACAAGGCCUUAAGGGAUCCGUCGGCUUUCCAGGAGUACUGGGUGUGCCAGGAGAGAAGGGGAAGCGGGGAUCUGCAGGUACACCAGGCCCAGCAGGGGAAAGAGGUCCAAAUGGGGCACGCGGAGGCCGAGGGGCACGAGGAGCUACAGGGGCACCUGGAGCCAAGGGCUCGUCUGGCCACGAUGGCCCACCAGGUUCCACAGGAGAAAAGGGUCCUCAAGGACCGCAGGGACAGAAUGGAUAUCCAGGACCCAAAGGACCAAAUGGCCCUUCAGGAAAGGAUGGGCUGCCAGGUCAUCCAGGUCAAAGGGGGGAGCCGGGAUUUCAAGGAAAGACAGGGCUACCAGGACCUGUAGGAGUGGUGGGACCACAGGGAAAAACUGGAGAGACUGGACCAACUGGGGACAGAGGUCACCCUGGGUCGCCAGGACCUCCUGGCGAGCAAGGUCUGCCAGGACCGGCAGGCAAAGAAGGUGCCAAGGGUGAUCCGGGCCCCAUGGGGAUUCCUGGAAAGAGCGGCCCUGCAGGGCGCAGAGGCUUUAGAGGCAGUCGAGGCAUGCCAGGCGCCACGGGUGCUGCUGGUUUAAAAGGCGAAGAAGGACCUCCUGGUCCUGCAGGAGCGAUUGGUGCUCCUGGGGAGAGGGGAACUUCUGGGCCGGCUGGUGGUAUUGGUCUUCCUGGACGUUCUGGAGGUCUCGGGUCUCCAGGACCAAUGGGCGAAAAGGGAGAACCUGGAGAAAAAGGACCUACAGGUCCUGCCGGACAGGAUGGUGAGCAGGGGCCCGUUGGUCUACCAGGUUCUGCUGGACCACCUGGUCCACCUGGAGAUGAUGGUGAUAAGGGAGAACCUGGAGGUCCGGGCCAGAAAGGAAGCAAAGGGGACAAAGGAGAGUCGGGACCUCCAGGACCAACAGGAAGUGUAGGGCCUAUUGGACCCCCUGGACUACAGGGUAUAGAUGGGGAGCCAGGGCCCCGGGGCCAACAGGGGAUGCAUGGACAGAAAGGUGAUGAAGGACCUCGAGGACUCGUAGGUGCCAACGGGCCACCAGGCCUGCAGGGAAUGCCUGGACCCCCGGGAGAAAAGGGAGAGAGUGGCCAUGUUGGACCAAUGGGUCCUCCAGGACAACAUGGCCCCAGAGGUGCUGUGGGAUCCCCAGGCGGAGAGGGUGCUCAGGGGAUGCCUGGUGGAGUCGGCCAGCCCGGUUUAGUAGGAGAAAAGGGUGAAGACGGCGAGGCUGGGAGUCCAGGAAACGUGGGGGAAACAGGACCUCCUGGUCAGAAAGGAGACGUGGGUGAGAAAGGAGAUACGGGCCCUCCGGGUGCUGCUGGACCCCCAGGUAUCCGAGGCCCACCAGGAGAGGAUGGAUCCAAAGGAAACCCGGGCCCUAUUGGAUUCCCAGGAGACCCAGGCCCUCCUGGAGAGGCUGGUCCGAAUGGUAUUGAUGGUGGACCAGGAGCAAAGGGCGAUAAUGGAGAGCCCGGAAAAACUGGACCACCAGGGGCUUCUGGAGAACCAGGACCUCCUGGAUCACCUGGGCGGAGGGGUCAUGUAGGUCCUGCGGGGAAUGAAGGAAAGCAGGGAAAAAAUGGAGACAAGGGAUCACCUGGUACAGAAGGUCCAACUGGAAAGACAGGACCCGUAGGACCCCAAGGAAGUCCUGGAAGGCCGGGCCCAGAGGGACUACGUGGGAUCCCAGGUCCUGCAGGAGAACAGGGUUUAAACGGCCCUCCUGGACAGACUGGACCGCCCGGCCCUAUGGGACCUGCUGGGCUGCCAGGACUAAAAGGAGAUCCAGGCACCAAGGGAGAGAAGGGUCACGGGGGGUUGAUCGGACUCAUCGGGCCUCCGGGAGACAUGGGGGAGAAGGGUGACCGUGGCUUGCCUGGAAACGAAGGAAUUCCUGGUCCCAAAGGAGAUGGGGGCGCUGUUGGAUCUUUUGGUCCUACCGGACCUCCUGGACCUCCUGGGCUUUCUGGUGCCAUGGGUGAAAAGGGAUCCAAGGGUAAUGAGGGUCCGGUCGGUCCGAGAGGAGACCAGGGACCAGCAGGCCCACCAGGACUACCUGGUCCACCGGCUACCAUGAUCGAGCCGCUGCCUAUCCGAGAGGGACGCAAGAAACGUAGAAGGAACUCGGACCGGAAGAGAGGAAGAGCCAACGCAGAAGCUGCGACCGCAGAAGAGGAGCAGGAAGCCGAGGUUCAGCUGAACAUGGAGGACUUCCUGCAGGCCGAUGCACCUCUGGAAGACCCUGAGGGAAUGGAGGAGGUGUUCGCGUCCCUGAACUCCAUGAAGAUGGAGGUGGAGUUGAUGAGGAAACCUCUGGGAACGUUCGAGAGUCCGGCACGCACCUGCAAAGAGCUAAUGAUGUGCCACCCGCAUUAUAAAGACGGUGAGUACUGGAUUGACCCAAAUCAGGGCUGCCAUAAAGAUUCUAUCAGAGUAUUCUGCAACUUCACGGGUGAUGGGGAAACCUGCCUGCACCCGGAUAAACAGAUCGAAACGGUGAAACUCGCAGCCUGGAGCAAAGAGCAGCCGGGCAGCUGGUACAGCCGCUUCAGGAGGGGCAAACAGUUCACUUAUAUAGACGCUGAUGGCAUCACCGUCCCUGUGGUCCAGCUGACCUUCCUAAAGCUUCUAAGCGCCACAGCCAGACAGAGCUUCACCUACAUCUGCCAGAACUCAGCCGGCUGGUACGACGCCACCAGCCAGGGGCACCAGCACUCCCUGCGUUUCCGAGCCAGCAACGACGAGGAGAUGACGCGUGACAAAACUCCCUUCAUAACACCUCAGUACGACGGCUGCCAGACGCGCAAAGGCCAGGACAGGACAGUGCUGGUGAUCAACUCUCCGAGAUCGGAGCUGCUCCCCGUCAUCGACGUUUCCGCAUCAGACUUCGGGAACACCAACCAGAAGUUCGGCUUCCAGCUCGGACCUGUGUGUUUUAACGGUUAACCAAUUGACUGAAGCAAUUGGGACUCGUGACUUGGUCUGCACCACACGCAAUAUUUAUUAUUUUUAUGUAGAGUGCAUGCUGUGGGCGGUACUGUGGCAUGCAUGUUUUUGUUUUUUUGUUGUUGUUGAACUUUUGUGAACAAGGAUCGACCCUUGUGGAACCAAGCAAAGCAGAACUUUCUGUGUGUGUGGACAUUUAAAAAAGAAAAAAAAAAAGAAAAAAAAACUCUUGUUUAUUUUUGUCUCUGCUCGUCUGCAAUGUGGGAAUGAAUUAAUAAGCAACCUCUAAUUGAACCUGAUACUGAGAGACAGACAAACACAUACUGUACACACACUCACACACACACACACAUUUGUGUAAUUCACCCCCACAUGGGCCACACAGUCCGCAGUAUAGCAGGCAGACUUUAUCGUACGUAAUUCUUAAUUAAUUCGGCACUUGAGAGAUUGGCAACCACGUCGAGGAGUGCGUCUUUAAAUCUUUUAUUUUCUCUUCGCCUCGACCGCGCUGCUGUGCCAAAGGAAGCGUUUAUACCUCAGAACAGUUUUGACAAGGAAACAACGCCCAGAUCUCGUUAAUUGUUCUCUUAGAUGCUUUCUGUCACUCAUCAGCUUUGCAGCGCUGCUCAUCUUUAAUCAGUGUGUCAUAAUAAAUAAACAGCAUUGUACGCGGCUUGUGCUUCAAGCAGGGUGGGUCGUGCAGAGCGGAUUAUUAGGACGAACCGUAGCCUUUUGACAUAGGACGCAGGCUGCUGGUGUUGUUUCUUCAGGUCGGGUCAUAUGGUUGGCAUUUUGUUAGUCUGUUUCAUUUCUAAGCAGUAGAGAGAUCUGCAUGGGGUCUAGAGUUCAAUUAGUAAUGAUGAGUUUACUGCUCAGUGUUGCUCUUCUCUGGUACAUGGUUUUAUUUUAUUCUUUUUUCAAAUACAUUAAUACAUCUUAAUUUCAGUCCUGGGGUUGUAUUACGAAAAACAGUCCAACUUCUAAAGAUCUAAAGAGUUCAUGACAAGGUUGAGGAACCGUUAAAGAUUGUCUAUGACAAAUGUUCCUCUUUCCAGCCAGGUCUUUUUGAACCCGCUAAGAUGAUUCGUAUAAUUUCUCUCCUAUCUUAGCAU